AUGUUUCAACAUUUGGGAAUGAUGAUUGCAUAUGGUGGAAUGUCUAAAUCAGGAAACAGUUCAUUAGCAAAAGGCAUAUGUAAAAAGUUACAAUCGAUCAACGUCAACUGCAUACAUCUUAAAAUUGGUUAUUUUAUGGAUUUAGCAUCGAAUGCACUCGGUUCUGAUGUCUAUCAAUUACCAGAAGAAAAACAAAUCGAUGAAUUAGUUAAACAGCUUGAUCACUAUUUAAAUAGGCAUUAUUGGAUAACUAUAAUUACAAUUGAAAGUCUUCAUUCUUUAACGUUUACUCAAGCAUUAAAAACCCUUUUUGGUAGUCUUAUUCAAAUUGUGUGUGUCGAUACAACUCUUGAUACACGCAUGAAUCGUUCUGUUGAUACCAUAGAAAAUCUUCAUACAAAUGAUACUAUAAAAAUAUCAUAUAGUAUAGACAAAAUCAAAACAAUUGCAAAUUUCAUUAUUAACGAUAAUUUAGAUUCAUUGAAUGAAUCGAUUGGUUAUCUUUUUGAAAUGUUAAAAGCAAAAAAUGAAAAAUUAACAUAUCAAUCAAAGGUUAAUAUUCAAUAUUUAUCGAAAAUAAAUCUAUUGUCGCAUCGAUUUGUAUGGAAUGCUGGUACAAUACUUAUUCGAAAAUCGACGCGUGAAGUUUGUCUUGUACAUGUGUUAGAUGAUGCAGGCGAAUGGGUCUUACAAAAAGGACGAAAGAAUAUGAAUGAAACACUGUCGGAAACAGCCUUACGCGAGACUUAUGAAGAAACAGGAUACCAUUGUUCAUUAAUGCCAUUAAUAAUGUAA